CCACGCGCUGUCGCCCGUCUCAGGCCCCAACAGGUGCAGCGGCACUGGCUGCGGGUCUUCAUCCCAGGAUGCACGCGUGCGAGGGCAGCGCCGCCGGACGCCGGGCCUUCGACAGCAUCUGUCCGAAUAGGAUGCUGGACCUGUCUCGGCGGUCCCUCGGCAAGCCCGGGAAGCCGGAGAGGAAGUUCGUUCCUCCGUGGAAGUCCUUCCCAGGAUGCGGCGGUGGCAGCCCAGUGUCGGUGUACGAGGACCCCCUGGACGCAGAACCCGCUCCGCUGCCAGCUCUCACCACCAUAGACCUGCAGGACCUUGCAGACUGCACCUCGCUACUCGGAACCGAAGCGCCUCCUAGUGGUGAUUCUCCCGCAUCUCAGAAUCCCUCCUUGCAAACUGAAGCCGAUUUCAACCUGCAGAAUUUCAGAGAUGCGGUGGAUGACCUCAUUGCAGAUUCGUCCUCUUUGACAUCGCCUCCCCUGACCGACGGUGACUUUCCCUUUUCCCCUUGUGAUGUUCCGUCUUUUGGGUCCUGUCUCUCGCCAUCGCUGGACCCACCUGCCUUGGGGUCUCCACUGCUACCCCCACCGCCUUGUGCUCCAGACCUGCCACCGCCACCAACGGAGCAGUACUGGAAGGAGGUGGCUGACCAGAACCAGAGGGCACUCGGGACUGCUCUCAUAGAGAAUAACCAACUGCACGUGACGCUGACGCAGAAACAGGAGGAGAUAGCCUCACUCAGGGAGAGGAACGUACAGCUCAAAGAACUCGCUUGCCGGACCCGGCACCUGGCCUCAGUGCUGGAUAAGCUGAUGAUCACGCAGUCUCCGGCCGAGCCCUUCCAGCUCAAGGCAACGACGAAAAGGAGCCUGGAGGAGCUGUUCUCUGCCACGGGGCAAGCCGGGCAGGGUUGCGCGGAAGUGGACGCCAUCCUCAGGGACAUCUCCCAGCGCUGCGAGGAAGCCCUGCAGAACCGUGACCCCAAGCGGCCCCGGCUGCAACAGGAGCCCGACAGCAAGGAUUGCAGCACCAGGAACCUCCAUGGUGUCUUCCGAGGGCUGCGCACCGACUGCGGCGCCAGCUCGGUGAAUCUGAGUCACAGUGAGCUGGAGGAAGGCGGUUCCUUCAGCACGCCCAUCCGCAGCCAUAGCACCAUCCGCACUCUGGCCUUCCCCCAGGGCAAAGCCUUCACCAUCCGGACAGUCACUGGCGGUUACAAAUUCCGCUGGGUCCCCAGCUGAUCAGGGAUGUGUUUUCCCCUAAAACACUGCCCUGUGUGCAGAGGGAAGCGUCUGCCAGCAAGUGGGACUAGCUAGAAAUAUUUCCCACAUCCGGUUUCCAGAAUUCUCUGCAAAUGCCACUCCGAAACUUUUUUUUUUUUCAGAAACAGACGUGUCUUGCAGUGCAGUCUUACCUGUGCAGUGGAGUUCUGCUCCGAAGCUGUGUACUGUUCACCUUAUCACGGUGAAAUUGUGUGUGUACACACGCACACCUGCGGCUAAGCACACAUCACAGUCAAACUUAGAAGUAUUUAUUUUCUAGUGCUUUGAUAUUUGUUUGUUUGUUUGAGACAGGUACAGGAGGCACAUAGCCCAGGCUGCCUCAGACGUAUUAUGAUUGCUUCUUUUUCUUUCUGCUUCCGUUUCCGGAGUGCUGGGAUUACAGGUACUCACCACCAUAACUGGCUGUUUUAGCCUUCUUCUUUUUUUAAAGUCAUAGAGUAGUCUAGAUUUGUAAGAAGAGAGAAAGUGCAAGGAAUGACGUGAUUUUUCCACUAGAGGAGAAUCAUCCAAUCACAGUCAUUUAAGUGUUCUGGAUUCAAAACCCUGGGAUCUGGGUGUUUCAACACAUCAACCAAUUCCCCCAUCUUCAGAGUACACCUACCAAAACUACCGGAAUAUGUUCGUUCAGUUGGGAAAACAACGACAACAACACCACCCCCUAAACAGCCUGGCAGUUGUGGAGCAUGGCCACCCUAGCGAUGCAGUGGCCAUCCCAGCACUGGGGAGGCAGAGGCAGGCAGAGUUCCAGGCCAACCUGGUCUAACAAAGUGAGUUCCGGGACAGCCAAAGUUAUGCAGAGAACCCUAUCUUGAAAAGCAAAGAAACGAAACCAGGCAAGGCCACACAGUUAGGCAAACGCUGAUGCAGGACAUGUGCUAAACACAUUUGUUUGAAAUAAUCAUCCUAUAAUUUUACAAGAGUUACAAGUGCUUGCUGCUCUCAGAGAGGGCUUGGACUUCAGUACCCAGAAUCCAUUUCAAUGGCUCAGAAUGGGGAGCUCCAGUCCAAGGAGCAGGGAGGGGGGGUGGUAUCUGGCAUUCUCCUUUGGUUUUUGUGGGCAUCUGUAUACUCCUGGGCCACGCACGCAUGCACCCCCCUCCGCGCGCGCGCACACACACACACACACACACACACACACACACACACUCGCACACACACACACACACACACUGAGUCAUAUAAGCAAAAUUCUUUUUUAAAAAAUUUAUUUAUGUUUCAUGUAUGUGGGUACACUGUUGCUGUCUUCGGACACACCAGAAGAGGGCAUAGGAUGCCCAUAUGGAUGGUUGUGAGCCACCAUGUGGUUGCUGGGAAUUGAACUCAGGACCUCUGGAAGAGCAGUCAGUGCUCUUAACCCCUGAGCCAUUUCUCCAGCCCCGCAAAAUUCUUUUAAAAAGAUUUAUAGCAAUGUUUCCAUGCAUUCAACUUUAUCAGUGCAAACAGAACCACCUCCAAACCAAACUUAGUUACGAAGAAAGACUGGUCGAGUUAAGCAAAUGAUGCGUACUACACAAACUGGGCCACUCACCAUACCUCAUGUGGCUAGAUCUUCUAAGCAAGGUGUACUGAACUUCCCUUCAUUCUUCCUGUUGUUUGCGGGUCCCCCCCACUCUGUUCUGAAAUCACCCAAAUGGCAUAUGUCAUAUGUGAUUUCUCUCCACCUCCACAGGCUCGUUCUAUGGGCUCUCCCUCCUCCUGGGGCUCAGCUGGGCAAGCGUCCAGAUGCAUUGCACCAUAGUGCACAGCUGGCUCUUCAGUCUGAGUGGAAAUAUACGGUAGCAGGUGGGUUGGUUAAGGCAGCAAGACCCGCUCCUCCGGUCUGUUACGUGUACUGUUAUCUGUACUUAAAUAGCCAUUUAGGAACAAAAAAAAAAUGAUAAAACAGACCACAUUUCCUCAUAUUUUGUCUAACAAAUGGACUGAAAAAGUAGGUUGUUCAGAUUUUCCUCCAUAGGCUCAAAUAUACAGUUACCACAGGUCAAGAUCAAACAAAACAAACUCCGAAAUGAACAAACAAAACCUUUUA